AUGUCCAAAACCAAAACAACCACUUUCUCCCCCCGAAUGUCGAGGAAACCUCCCUUCACAGCAGAAGUACAAGGAAUUCCUGAAGUAGCCGGUGAAUCUGUUCCCCGUCGCAAUAUUCGAUACCCCGAGCUUCUUUCUCAGCCAGAAGCUGGUAUCGAAACGGUAUUCGAUAUCGUACAGCAUAGUUCUCGACGAUUUGGUGAUGCGCAAGCUCUGGGUUCAAGAAAACUCAUCGAGAAACAUACUGAAACGAAAAAGGUGAAAAAGAUUGUCGAUGGACAAACACAGGAAGUAGAUAAAGUAUGGACUUAUUUUGAAAUGAGUGGUGCUCACUGGCUAUCAAUCGCGCAUGGCUCAAUGUCCCAAUCCAUGCCAAUCGUCACAGCCUAUGAUACUCUUGGCGUCGAAGGGCUCCGGCAUUCCCUCAUACAAACGAAAGCGAAAGCCAUAUUCCUAGAACCACAGCUGCUUAAAACUUUGCUAGAAUCUCUUGGGGAUUUGAAACAUAUCAAAUAUGUGAUAUACAACACAGAUGGCGAUACAGAACUUCCGUUAUCGAGUAUCAAAGAGCUGAAGAAGAGUCACAAUCAUCUCACGCUUUUAAGCUACGAAGAACUGAUAGACUUGGGACAUUUAUAUCCUACCGAAGCUGUGCCUCCGAGAGCAGAAGAUCUUUGUUGCAUCAUGUACACAUCUGGCUCGAGUGGUAUCCCGAAAGGCGUGUCGCUAAAGCAUAAGAGCGUUGUGGCUGCCGUCGCAGGAGCAAACAGUAUCGUAGGCGAGUAUCUAGGCCCCUUUGAUACACUCUUCGCCUACCUCCCCCUCGCCCAUAUCUUCGAAUUUGUAUUCGAAAACGCAUGCCUUUACUGGGGUGCUCAAAUGGGCUAUGGCCACCCCAGAACUCUCUCUGAAACCUCCAUGAAAAACUGCAAAGGUGAUAUCCUCGAGCUCAAACCCACUCUUCUAGUCGGUGUACCAUCAGUAUGGGAAACCGUCAAAAAAGGUGUCGUCGCAAACGUCAAGAAAGGCGGACCAGUCGUCCGUACCUUAUUCUGGAGUGCUUUCCACACCAAACGAUUACUCUCCUCAACCGGCCUACCCGGCUCUAGUAUCUUGGACGCAAUCGUCUUUAAUAAAGUCAAACAAGCGACUGGGGGAAGACUUAGAUUCUGCUUGAAUGGCGCAGGUCCCAUAUCUCAACAAACCCAAGAAUUCAUCUCUCUCACCAUCACACCCAUGAUUUCCGGCUAUGGCUCUACCGAAACUGCCGCCAUGGGCGCCAUAUGCGAUCCCCUCUCCUUCACCCUCCAAGCCGGCGACAUCCCCGCCUGCAUCGAGAUAAAACUCGUCGAUUUCCCCGACGCCGGCUACUUUGCCACACACACUCCUCCCCAAGGAGAAAUCUGGAUUCGAGGACCUAGCGUCAUGUCCGAGUAUUACGACAACGAGAUUGAAACUGCUGAAGCUCUUACUCCAGAUGGAUGGUUCCGAACGGGAGAUAUUGGAGAAUGGGAUAAGAAUGGACAUUUGAAGAUUAUUGAUCGCAAGAAGAAUUUGGUCAAGACAAUGAAUGGGGAGUAUAUUGCUUUGGAAAAGUUAGAAUCAGUCUACCGAGCCGCGACUGUAGUAGCUAAUAUAUGCAUCUACGCCUCGAUAACCGAAACACACCCCAUCGCAAUCAUCGUUCCCGCAGAACCCGCUCUCAAGAAACUUGCAGAGUCUCUUGCAGUCGAAGGCUAUGGUAUCGAUGAUCUCGUUUAUAAUGAAUCGAUCUGUCGUGAGGUAUUGAAGCAGAUGCAGUCUGUAGGGAAGAGAGCUGGGCUGGCUGGUAUGGAGAUUAUUCAGGGUGUGGUUUUGGCGGAUGAGGAGUGGACUACGGUUAAUAAACUGGUAACAGCAACCAUGAAGUUGAAUCGCAAGGCGAUUUUUGAGAGGUAUGAGAAGGAUAUCGGUGUAGCGUAUAGAAAAUAA